CAUAUCGUCACCCGCCAGCCGCACCGACCUCAGCCGCCUCCGCUUGCCGUUGGGUUCUCCGAGGAAGACGGGCUCGGGCGCUCCCGGCUCGCUCCCCCUCUCCCUAGCUUGGAGUUCUCGAUUAAGUCCUUGAUCGAAGAAAGGAGAGAAUGGCUUUGAGAGUGGCCAUACUGCUGGGCUGUAUCCUGGGCAUCAGCACCCUUCCCCUGGAGGACCCCGGAGAUGGCGGCAAGCACUGGGUUCUCAUCGUAGCCGGCUCGAAUGGGUGGUAUAACUACAGGCACCAGGCUGAUGUAUGUCACGCUUAUCAGAUCGUGCACCGGAAUGGGAUUCCUGAUGAACAGAUUGUCGUUAUGAUGUAUGACGACAUUGCUUAUGAUAGCGAGAAUCCAACCCCAGGAAUAAUCAUCAACAGACCCAAUGGCACAGAUGUAUACAAAGGAGUGCUAAAGGACUACACAGGGAAGGAUGUUACACCAGAAAAUUUCCUUGCUGUUCUGAGAGGUGAUGCUGCAGCAGUGAAGAAAGCAGGAUCAGGAAAAGUGCUAAAAAGUGGUCCUAAGGAUCAUAUAUUUGUCUUUUUCACCGACCAUGGAGCUCCUGGACUUCUGGCUUUCCCAUCUGAUGACCUCCACGCAAAGGACUUGAAUAAGACCAUUCAAUACAUGUUCAGUCACAAGAAGUACCAGAAGAUGGUGUUUUACAUUGAAGCUUGUGAAUCUGGAUCAAUGAUGGAUGCUCUACCCGAUGAUAUCAAUGUUUAUGCCACUACAGCUGCCAAUCCUAAGGAGUCGUCUUAUGCAUGCUACUAUGAUGAAAAGAGGCAAACCUACCUUGGGGACUGGUACAGUGUCAAUUGGAUGGAGGAUUCUGACGUUGAGGAUUUGAAACGAGAAACUCUCCACAAGCAGUUUCAGUUGGUAAAACACCGCACCAACACCAGCCACGUGAUGCAAUAUGGAAACAAAACCAUCUCUCACUUGAAAGUGGUGCAGUUCCAGGGCACAGGCAAAGCUGACAGCGCCCCCAUUUCCCUGCCCCCUGUAAGCAACUAUGACCUCACGCCAAAUCCCGACGUGCCUCUUGCGAUCUUGAAGCACAAGUUGAGGGCCACCAAUGACUUGUCUAAAGGAAAGGCCAUCAUAGAAGAGAUCAACGUACUUCUCACGUCCAGACGCCUAAUCCAAGAUUCCAUGUACAAGACUGUAUACUUUAUAACCAACUCCUCAGAGCAGACAGAGAAAAUUUUAUCCAAGAGGAUGGACCUUAGCAAUCAUGACUGCUACCAGCCUGCUGCGAAUCACUUCAAAAAGCGUUGCUUCAACUGGCACAAUCCUCAGUAUGAAUAUGCUCUGAGACAGCUGUAUGUUUUGGUCAACGUCUGUGAACUGGGAUAUCCCAUUGACAGAAUUCUGUUGGCCAUGGAUAAAGUGUGUUGAAAAUUCAGCCUUGUGAGAAAAGACAGCUGACAGGAACCAGAGCAGGAAUUCCUACAAAGCGAAGAGAGGUUGGCUACGUGCAUCCACAGAGGGAAUAAAUUACAGUGGAAGCUCUCAUGGACACCUCUAAUCAGAUUCUGCACUUUAAAGCAUUGAAUGAACGAACGAAUGAAUGAAAAAUGUUAAGAUGCUCUUCAGGGAUUUGUGUCAUUCCGGAAGCACUUUCAGAAGGCCCCUGGAGUCAGCCAGUUCAUCAGUAUCUUUACAUUUGGAAUGCAUAUUCAUUGCUUGAUUAUUUUCCCCCCAUGUGAUAUGAAUACUUUCACUACAUGAGUGUGUUUUGGUUUUAACUUGAUUUCAAUCUUGUACUCAGUUUUUUGGUGAGAAUUAGCUGGGGAACAGCCUGUGAUGAAUACUAUUUCCUGAUUUUUUUAUAUAUAUAAUUGAAAAGUAAUACUUAAAUGACUGUACAAGGAUGCACAGCGAGUUAUUUUGUCCAUUGGCACAAGAAUAAAAGGCCACAGUUUGUUCCUCAACCUUUACAAACUGAAAUAAAGAACAUGUAUAUAUUUUAAUGAUUUUAUGCUUUCGAACAUUUGGGUUUACAAGUAAAUAAAAAAGCAAAUCCCGUUUGGGGAUAGAGAUUAUUCCUCUUCUCUCUCUCCCUGCCUCCUUUCCCCUGCCCUCCAGGGUUGUCUAUUGCUUCUUUGUGUUUUUGAUUCCUAUGUAAUUGUAUGUUUACACGAUUUGUUGAGAGACUUGUGCAGUAUUUGGAGGA